UAUACUGAUGUGUUACAGCCUACUAAAUAAGUCUUUUGCUUUGCAUUGAUUCUCAUAAUUUGCCAGAAUGGGGAAUGACUUGUCUAUUCCGAUGGAAAUGUGUUCGCAUUUUGACCCUGAGGAGAUUGCACGUCUUGGGAAGCGUUUCCGUAAACUUGAUCUCGACAACUCUGGUUCAUUGAGCGUUGAGGAGUUCAUGACAUUACCAGAACUCCAGCAAAAUCCUUUGGUUAAAAGAGUUAUUGAUAUAUUUGACCAAGAUGGCAAUGGGGAAGUUGAUUUUCAAGAAUUCAUUGAAGGUGUUUCACAAUUUAGUGUGAAGGGUGACAAAAUUUCAAAGUUGAAAUUUGCUUUUCGGAUUUAUGAUAUGGAUCAUGAUGGAUUUAUCUCUAACGGAGAAUUAUUUCAGGUUCUGAAAAUGAUGGUUGGCAGCAAUUUAAAAGACGCUCAGCUUCAGCAAAUUGUGGAUAAAACCAUCAUUUAUGCUGACUUAGAUGGUGAUGGCAAAAUAUCUUUUGAUGAGUUUUGUGCAAUGGUUGACACUUUGGAUGUGCACAAGAAAAUGGUUGUUGAUGUUUAAAUGUGAUAUAAAUGUAUUUUUUUUAUUCAGAAUUUAGGAUUAUUUUUGUUUCUUUUCCUAUUUCAUUUAUAUCAAUUAGCAUCAGAGGAGUCUGACUAUGGGUUAACAUGAAUUUCGAUUUCAUAUUUUUACUGGAAAACUUGACUGAAUUCAUUGCUUUUUGAGAGUUUAAAAAUAUCGUACUGCUGUGUCUCCCAAAUGCCCCUAUUCAACUGAUUUUGUCGGUAAUAUUCUCAUGUUAGUCAAACAUGUGUUCAAUUUUUAUGAUUUAGUUAGUAUUUGGAAACAUGGUGCUUGUCCAGUCUAAAAAGUUAACGAUCAGAGCAUUAACAAUCACAUUUUUGCGUGAUUAUGUACUAACAUUGGGUGGAGUGAAAAAUCUAAAAUCAUUGGUUAAGCAUUACUCUUUUUAUCGUUGUUGGUCCCAUGUUAAUUUAAUAAUACAAUUUUUUCCUUCAAUAAACAAUUAAGUUUUAUCAAACUUUAUUUUUCUUUUGUACAAUUCUUGUGAGAUUAUCUUAUCAAUGCAAUUUAUCAGCGUUCUGUAGAGUUUAAUAAUCAAAUAUAUUUGAAUCCAAGUAAUAUUUCACUUUCCAAUUUAUUCAUUUUAAGUGCAUAUAGGGACACAUAUAUUAGAAUUAACAUAUUUCAAAAGAAUUUCGAAUUUGACGAUGGAAUUGUUUUUAAUUUUCAGAUCAGUUUUUUUUAUUCAUAACUGAUAGUUAAAUAAAUAUCUGCAAUGAAAAACUCUUGUUUCUGUUAGUGAUAAUAGAACAUAAAUCCGGGUGUAUCAUAAGGGAAAUAAUAUAUGGCCUACAUGAAUUUUCUUGAAUAAUAUUUACUCCUUUACACAAUUAAUAAGAAUAAAUGGAAUGAAAAAUUUGUUCAUCCAUCAAGUUUUAUCUUGUUUUCCAACAAUAAUUUAGCCUCAAAUCAUACAUUACUCCAUUUUUUUUAAAUUUGGAAGUUACAUCCUCAACUUUUUGCAUAUUUUUUUAAUGCAUGUAUAAGUAAAGUUAAUAAUUUAUUAGUUGUAGUUGGUCUGGUAAAUAUAUUGAUAUCUUGUUUGUGUCUGUUUUUAUGCCAACACUUUAAAUAUCACAUUCAAUAUCCAGAUUGCAUCAUGAACUGUUUUCAAUAGCCUUAGAACAUAUAUGACUCAUGAAUGUGAAUUGGCUGAUCAACUACCCCAACAAGAAUAUUGUGUUCUAAUUAAUCAAUAGGGUUUAUCAAUCAAUACACAUUAAUAAUAGAUCAAAUAUUCAAAUGAAAAUCAAUCAGAAGCAUCAUCACUCAUGUUGCCAGGGUGUUUGUUACGCAUGACUCUAAUUUAAUAUUCAAUUAUAAAUACCUUUAAAUUUCCAGUUGUUGAUAAACACCUCAAAUUAUUUUUGUUUUUUAGAUAUACCAGGGUAAUCAAUUUCUCAAUGAACAUGAAUACUCCUAACGAUGGCAGAUUCAUAGCAAAAAUAUAGUAAUUUGCAUUGUUGUGGACUUGUGUUUCUAGAAUUUUCCAACAUAACUACAGUCGUUCCAAUUCUUAUAGAAAAUAUUUAGAUCAUCACUUAUUUUUCUGCUUUUUUUGGAUUUAAAUUUAGUAGUGUAAAGUUUGUGGGAUAUAGUAUACUUUUGUUUAACAAUUCAUCAAUUUAGGAAUCGUUUUUCUGAAUGAAAAGGUGAUAGCGUAAAUGAAUUUGAAUUUCAAAAUCCCUAUCUAGUCAAAUAUUGAUAUUUUUUUCAAUUUCCCCCAAUGUCUAUUUUUGUAUAGCCUAUAUAGAUAUUAUUAUGGCGUAUUUGUAUUUUGAAAUAAUCUGUUCAGUCACUUUUCCCUUUGUGUAAUCCACUCUUUCAUAAUCUUUGUAUUUUAGCUUUGACAGCUGGUAGGUAUAUUAGGCUAUGAUAUAUGGUAGAUAUGUCAUCACAUGUCUCAUAAUUUUAUCACCUGUAUUAAUCUACUUGUUAAAAUCAUACACAGAAUUAGCAUGCAGUUAAGCAUGGAUCAUACAACGCCCAGUUGAGACAUGUGAAUAAUGUAUAAUAAUUUCAUCCAUUCAAUAGCCUAAUAUUUUGUCUAUGUGUUAUCAUGUACCAUGGUUCAACACAUAAUACAGGUUGUUUGUUGCCCCUUUAGAUACAGUAAAUAUUAGGAUCAGUAGAUUCUAUCAAGUUUCAACACUGUGAAAAGUCCCUGAGAUUUACAAUUUUGGCUGUUCUUGAUUUAGGUUGACCGUUUUUUAAAUGAGAUACCGGUACAAUAUAUUAAAUACCAUGUAAGUUCGGCAUGCAAAACCUUUUUUAUCUUUUUUGUGAUAUCAUCCACGACCAAAUAUGGUCCGUAGCUGGUGAGCCGUUGCUUAUUCAUUGCAUAAAAUUGUCCCGUACGUGAACAUAAUUUACAAUAAUCUUGUUGGCUAAUAAAUAUUACUUUUUCACGAGACUUA